UCGGUGUGCCGCUGCUACCAGCACUCUUAGUGAGUUACGGACCGCAUGCAAGCGCGUGUCGAACGAGUCGUUGGUGUCGCGCUUUUCCACAUUUCACCGUUUAGAUUCUUCUGUAUUUUGCCACGCUGCUACGCCAGUUCCGCCAUCGAUGAGGACACGGUAACAGAUAUCACCACCGAUAACUCUCUUAUUCCCCAACGGUCUCGUGCGUUUUUAUCUGGUCCCGACGAGCGUUUUAUCCGUUCAGCCUGGCUGUUGUUGUUUCGCGCAUCCCGCGGUCUUCUCCGCCGCCGAAACCUGGGAUUCCCCGAAGUGCGUCGAGACGAGCCGUCAAACUUCUCUCGGCACGAACUGUUUUACGCGCGAUCUAGCGUGAUCCGACGAGAACCCUGAGACACAAGAGGGGGCGAAAACAAGAUUCAACGCACGAGUUGACGUACUCCGAUGGAGAGAACUGUCGUACCGUGCUACGAGAGGGGGAAAUUGAAGAGUAGGAGGGGGUUAGAGUGACACGCGGAUACCAGCUAAGUCGAACGGGGAGAAGAGGACAAUUGAAGUGCGCGUGUGCGAAAAGUGCGCGCCACGCGGCCUGAACUAUGGGUUAUGUUGUGUUGUGCUUUUUGCGGAAUUGUACGCGUGAUCUUUCUCUCUCUUGGUUCACUUGACGUAGACUUGCCCACGUUGUUCACUUCCCGGGAUAAUUGCGCGUGUUCACUGGUGAGUACGUGAAUUCUGACUGAAACCUUCUUUUUCGGGAUUCCACUGACUUACGGGUAAACCGACUGGUAUACACGAACAAUUGCAAAAAAAAGGUACGGACGGAACUUAACCAGAAACAAGGGAACGAGUAAUGAUGAAGUAAAGAUAGUCGCUGAAACAGUGACUGUUACGUUUCGUUGGCUGAGUGUGUUAAUCGUGAUGUGCACGUGAGGGGAAAAAGACAACGACGAAUACGAACUCGUUGAAUUGACUGCGCGCGCGCGAGCGUGGUGCUUCUCGCGCGCAAAUACGACACGAGGUUGGAACUCGUCGCGUGGUAGAGAGUAGUGUGCUGCAUCCGGCUAUAAGGCGCGCGUAACGCGAUAAUUUCCCGAAGAAACUGUGCAAUCUGAUAGACAUGGAAAACUUCGAUAUAGUGUAAUUGUGUGUUCGCCUGCGAAAAUUGUGGCUUAAUGCCGUGAUUAACGGUUACGUGAGUUCACUGAUCACUGGAAUAGACUCUAUGAAGUACAUUGAACAGUCCCCGAUAAGAAAACCCAUAUCUUGUUCUUCUAAAUGUUUAGAAGGACAAGUCUGAAUUCGAUGAGCGAAAUAUGCUAAAGAUUGGCUCCCUCACGUGGAAACGAGACACAUAACACACAGUGGUUCCACGAGCGCACGUGGAAGGUGGAAGGAUAAAGAAAUUCCGAGGCGGACGUGUUCGCUGAAACAGCUUUCCCAAAAUUUAUCCCGACAAGGAAAACAUGGAAAACGGGGACGAGACUCUCUCUACUCGGUCAGAAACGAACGCAUCCUCGUCCUCGACUACGACUACGACUACGAGCACGCGGACGCCGCCUAAAUGCGCGCGAUGUCGCAAUCAUCAAUUGAUAAUCAACGUGAAGGAUCACAAGAGGUACUGUAAGUACCGCUACUGUAUCUGUGAAAACUGUAAGCUCACUGCAGAGAGACAAUGUGUGAUGGCGAGGCAAACGGCGCAGAAAAGAGCCCUAGCGCAAGACGAGGUCAAAGUCAGAGCUGUGGGAGAGCAGGUGGAUCCAUCACCAUUUGGGAUGGAAGGUGAUCGACUUCCUCCCGCUUCUCAAUCAGCCAAAGCCCUCGAGGGUAGCUACGACAGUAGCAGUGGCGGCUCGCCCGUCAGCAAUCACAGCACCAAUGGUGUCCACACCAAUGUAGGUGGUUUCAUCAGUAUUCCUACUUCCAGAAAAUUACCCUCGUUGCAGGCUCAUACUGGAUCAACGGCCCACUUACCGCAGUCUCCAUCCGAUGAGAGUGUAGAAAUCCUGCUGGCAUACAGUACCAAGCUUCUAGAACUGUUCCAGUAUCCUUGGGUAUCGCUGCCUUUGAUUUACGUGAUUUUGAAGGAUGCAAGCGGCAAUCUCGAAGAGGCUGUGAGGCGUAUAGUCGAAGUUUGUUAUUGCUUGGAGAGUUCUCUUUGGGAUACCCUUCUGGACAAGAUACUUUCGUUUAUUCUGACCUUAAUACCACAAUGAAGAUAUUGAAUUUUUCAUAUUUUUAAAUGUUGAUCUUCGCAGAAGUGACAAUCGGCGUGGAUGAUUUUAUCCACGGUUCAGUACACAUUCUUAUUGUUCGUAGGAUGUUAUUUUCUCGAAUUCAGUUCAAAACAACAAGAUUUUCUGUUUUAUGGGAAUGAAAGAAACGUCAACGACACAUUUAAUUACGACUGUUCAACGAUCGGAAGAUCAUUUUCUUUUCUGGAGACUGCAACGCGAUGAAAUUGUCAAGACAAUCUGGGUUCGCUAAUAACGUUUUGGAGUAAUCGAAUAAGCGGUGUUAUGCGAUUAUUAUUUUAUAGUUUCUCAGAUUAAAUAGCUAUGGUACCGAAUUGUUAGAUACCUAAUUGCCCAAUUUGUACUGGUCAUUGUUUGAAGAACAGUUUUGGCAGCAUAGAGAGACCGCAAUAGUAUACAAAUAUUCAAAUACUUUGGGGACCAUUAUUGGUAGAACGUCGUACAAAAUGAGUACAACAUUCCUUGUUGAAAUCUACUGUAAUAAAAUCGGCAACACACGCGUUAUAAAUCGCUACAUCAGAGAAAUAUUUCCGCUUUGGCGACAGUCUUGACGAAUAACUGGCGUAGGUUUAUCCUCGUGCCUCUCGAUCUGCCAAAAUUCCGUUACAGUUCCUGGAAUGGUUCCAAUUGCGUUGCGUUUGCGGUUCUCCAUACUCUCUGACAGAAAAAAGAUCAAUCGUCUUCGACCUCAAAAGUCAUCAUACUUGAAGAUACUCCGGAAAGUACGCGAUGAUCGUGGACACGUUUGUCUCAACACCUGAAGAUCAUAGUUUUUUGGGUCUACAUCGCAUUUCAUCAUCUGGAAGAUAAUAUACUUGAAAUUCUCAGAAAAAUGGAUCGCGCGUGGCGCUAAUGAAAAGGUUAAAAAAUUAUUUUAUCUUUACUAAUGAUCCUUUGCUAACACUAGAUUUACGAGAACUAUCGAUUUAAUGAACUUCAGACUAAAUAAUGAAAGUCACGGUGAUCGUAAAUAUUAUUUUUCAGUAAUUAUAUAUUAAUUUUGGAUUGAUACGACGUAAAUACAUAUCUUAUUAUUCAUAUUUCCGUCGAACUUUUUUUUCUGCGAACAGGUUCAUUUAACGGGUUAACUAAUUUCAUAGCAAGUGGUAAUAAGCAGGUUUAUAAAACCAGAUUUGUAAAAUCGUAAGAGAUGAUGCUUGGAAUCAUUGCGAAAUCUACCGAGGCACGUUUAAACAAAUGUGUCACUGAUUUAGAACAGUGUGCGAAUAGAAUAUUCUAAAUCGCUGGUAUUUCAUGCAUUUGUCGAUUUACUAUCGAGUAACUUCUUUGCGUAAUCUUUGCGUUCUCAAUAUUUGAUUGGCGUGUCUUCUGUCGCCUACAGGGUAUUAUUUCGACAUAUCAUUUCUGUCCAAUCGAGCAGCAUAUAUAUUUAUUGAAACUCUAUUAUUUGAAUUAAUGAUUUCAUUUUUUUUUUUAGUAAUUCGAACAUAUUUGUGUCAUAUACGUUUGUUAAAGGACAUAACCAGUUUAUUUCAAAUUUCAUGUCACUCCUCCAAAUUCUGAAAAAUAACCCAGAAAUUAUAGUUGAUGUAAUGAUGCAAAUUGAGUUUAAAUGUAUCUAUCAGUAUGAAUGGUUUCAGUAAGAGCAGAUACAUAUUAGUGUCCGUAAAUCUAGUGUUAACGAUUUCAUUGGUAAGUACCCAAUUAUACCAUAUCACUUCCUAUUUUUCCUUUGCUUCGUUUCAAUGCGAAAAAUCGAUCACGUCUUGCCGAUUUAUUAUGGUUUUGAUAUAGCACGAACUUCGAGAUUUAAUUAGAUAAAACUGAAAUAACACAUGGUAUUUAAAUUUCAUGGAGUCUGGAGAAUAUUGGUAUACAUCAGAAAAUACAAAAGCAUUAUUUUUCAAACUUAGUCAUUAAAAUAUCUCCAGCAAUGACAGUAUUUUGACAUUUCAAAUAAAAAUUUGAAUUUUGGCUAACAAUUUGACUUCACAUAUUAUAUUUUCAGUAUACGUUUAAAACACUUUCGGCAAUAAAAUCUCUUUACCCAUUACAAGCAGUAAUACGCUUUUUAGAGAAUGAAAACGUUUCAGAAUAUAGCAGUCAAAAAAUUGUUAUAUUCGUUCAUUUUCGAUCGUAUUUUUGUAAAUUCUCGAAGAGUCAUUUUGAAAACUGAAUAAUUUUUUAUUUAUCCAGUUUGGAUAUAUCUUCACGCGGAUUUUAAAUCAAAAUAAAAACAUCUAAUAAAAUCACAUGAUUUUUCAGAGCUUUCUCGAAAUAAUCCCUUCGAAUCAAAUUGUCCUACUUCCCGUAGAUUUAAUAUGCUGACUAGAUAACACGAAAGUAAUUAAUCACGUCAUUCAAAGGAUAUCUAUGUUUAACGUAUACAAAAUGGUGGUUAUAAAAGCACAAUUGCAAAUAGUACAUUUAUACGUAGAUAUCACACAUACAAUUUUUGCUGUGUCCUCGUAUUAUAAUCACAUUAUUCCGUUCCUAUUUUCCUUAAUAAAAAUGAAAGUAGCAAUGCAACUUCGAUGCAGGAUUGAGUGGUACAGAAAAGUUUAAUAUAAACGCAAUAUAUUUAUUCGUGUAAAGCCGUUAUUUCUAAUUACCUCCUUGGCUUGUGGGUGUCGUGUGAGUCAGUCGCGGAUUCUCUGUAUCGGAAGAUCCUCGUUAUUUUAUGGAUUUUGCGCAAUACCAUGUGUCACGUAUCACGAUAGUAUCACCUGUUGUUUUAUUUUGCAAUUUCAGCGUAUGUUCUUUGUGAUAACAGCAAAAAGGGGAAAUGAAUAUGCGAAAUAGGGUAAGCACUGCGUUUAUAUGACAUGAGCAGGAAAUGACUAUCGUAUUGAUAUUUUUCACUGCCGGACAGGUGAAUGCAAUCCGUUGAAAUGGAUUAUUAAAUUCAACUUCAUCGUACACUAUCAUCCAUACAUAUCCGUACAAUCGUUAGAUUGAUAGUAACAGUACAUGCAUUUUACUGUCUGGGUAGAGAAACAGCGUAUGAAAAAUUAUAAACUGAACAUUAAAAAUAAUCUUUAGCACUCUGUUCAAGAAUUAGCUGAUUGUAAUUGCAAAUUAUUUGUUUAAACAAAUUUAACAAUGUGAUAUUAAAAUUGAAUUUUGACUCGUUGAUGUA